AUUAGGUACAUGCAUUACUUGCCAGCGCAAUUGUAAGCGAGCUGUCCCUAUUGCGAAUAACAACGCUCUGGGACGUCCUGAGGCUUGCUGGAACCCAAUUAAUUGGGUCUGCCUUUGGGCUGUAUGGCACGGGUACGGUUGGUGUAGAAGCUAGUACAGUACAUUCAGUUGACCUGCUCAAGCUCAGAGAAUAACGUAUAUGCUUGCAAUAAGGAAAAACCGAAGGGUAAUAUUACAACCAUUGCCAAGUUACCAAGGGCCCGCUACUUGGCACAUUACGCGGCCUCUGUUCGCCUCUAUCUAUAGUAGCAUUUCGAAGGCCUUUUUUACGUCAAACGCAGUGUAAUAUUAAUAGACAACAAUCGGCUUACCGCGAGUCGAACAUAAGCAUGCUCUAGCAACGCUGGAAGACACCACUUGGGGCCCAAUUGCUUGCGACUGUAGCCAUGCUUGGCCCUCUGGGUCGCAUGCUAAAUAUAGGUUUCUUGGUCGUAGUCCUGGGCUCAGCGUUCUGUUCGGCUUCCAAAGCUUUCGCGGAGGAACGUGCCCGCCGAGUACUUACCGAGACCGUGAAGACCUACGAUGUUAUAGACGAACUAGACUUGAUAAAUAAGGCGGCGAGUGCAGCCCUGGACGGGUACCAUCGUGUAGUAUUUCUGCUUCCACCGACAACGCUGGUGUUGAACACUCCAUUAAAUCUAACAAUAGACGUGACAAUACAAGGAGCAGCUUCAGCUGGAGAUGGCCUGGUUUCUGUGCUGCGCUGCGGUUCGGCAUCAAUGGCGAACCUUAUCGAGUUCAGUGGCAGCAGCAUUCUGCUUUCCGGUGUUCAGUUACAGGACUGCGUGUGCCCUGGGUUGCGCAUAGUUUCUAAAACUACCGCCAACGUCACUAUAACAGACAGCGUGUUCCAUAAUUUUUCUCGUGUUCUGGCCUCCGGCCGAGUGGACCUGUCGUCUCCGGGUAACCCAGAAAGGGUUUCGGACUCCACAGCCGCGCUGGCCAUUCAUGCGAUUGAAUUCUCGGGUUCCUUGACUAUCCGCAACUCAAAGUUCGCGGGUAACUCGUUUUCGUUGCCUCCCGGGGUGCCGCCUGCGACUCCACCGGACUUUCCUCCCUCGGUGCCACCGUCCGGCCGUCGGUUGUAUGAAACCGAUGAUAUGGAGGAUGGCACAAAGCCGGCUGCCACUGGCGCAACUGGGUUACCAGGCCGCCUGGGGUCCCCACGCAUGGGACGGCAAGCCUCCGGAGUUCGCAGCUUGUCGGAGGCAGUGCAGCAGGGGCGUGCACGCACGUCGGUCCCCUGGCGGAGGGCCGCCGGGGCGACGAGCGCUGUCCUUGACUUGUCCUGGGGCCUAGCGGCCGGCAGCGGCUUCGGACUGCAGCGCCGCCAGCUGGCAGCUGCUAGCUCAACGUCAGGUUACUCCCUCCCUCUGCUUGAGAGGGCCAGGAACGCCCAACCAGAGCUUGAGGCCGGCCCGUGGGCGGAUGACAUGGAAGCUGUCAUCUCCGUUAUCUGCGGGGGACGAAGCGAUGCAGGCUGCAACGUCAGGUUUGAGGACGUUACAAUCAGCAACAACACAGGUGUCGCUACGAGCGGUUUAUACGUGUUGUGCGACGGCGCCUCAAGCUGCAGCGUCGACAUGGUUAACUGCACUGUUGCCGACAACAAGCUACUGUGGCAAGCAGCGACAGACGAAAACAGCCUGCCUCAGGGAGUGGACAUAUAUGGCGAUGGGCCAAUCUUGUUCCGUCUAAUGACACCCUGGCUCAUGUAUACAUACCCCCUGCUGGAGUACUACAUGACUCAGGCGGCGGCUGGAGGGAACCUGUUUGGGGACAGCCUCCUAGUUGACGCCUCCCAGUACCCUACCGUCACGGGUCGCACCCUGGGAGCUGUCGUGCUGCACCAGCGGAAUUCGCCGACCCCUGGGUCGGAGCCGUCCAGCCCAGCCAUGAUGAAGGUACAAAUCACCGGCGGCUCGUUCUACGGAAACGACGGUUCGGCCAUUAUGAGCACUGCGACAGAUUUUAUGGAAAUGGCAGGCGGCAACGGCACAUGGUCUGGCGGACCUCCCCGGCACAGCGCAGACUUCAACAUAUCAGGCAUCAGCGUGCACGACCACACCAGCGGCUGGCCAGCCGUGUGGCUGCGCUGGGCCCGGAACGCCAACAUUGAGGACUGUGAGAUGACCGGCAGCACGGGUGCUAUAUGGUUGGACGAGAUCCGAGACACAGCCUCAAUCGUGGGCAGCUCUUUCAUCGGAAACGAGCUGACCCAGCUUUGGCUCGAUUACAUCAGCUUCAUGACGGCUGCCCUAAACGAGGGCAUUAGCUAUGGAACAACGGUGGGCGCUGGUAUAUCCCACACCGUUAAAGUCCAGAUGACAGCCCUUGGUGAUGUGGAAAAUACUGCCAUCAUAAAGAACUGCCGCUUUGAAGAUAACUCGGCUUACAUAACGGGUGUCCUCUUCAUUCGUGCUUCGGAUAGCCAGCUUGUUGAGAAGAAUUCACAGCCGGGGAUUACCCAAGUCCAGGUGGUUGGUACGAACUUCACAGCCAACAAGUGCAGGCGCUCGCCGGAGAUCUGCCUUACAGCGGAACGGCCUUUGUCUUUCGCCUAUGUCUACAACGCGUCUGUGGAAAGCUGCCGGUUUACUGGCAACUUGAACGGCGGGGUAUACCUGGAUACGGUCCAUGGCAGCGUCAUCGACAGCAGUACCUUUGAAGGCAACAUUAUCACGUAUCAGGGCAGUGACGGAGAAGGCAGUGAUACUGGAUAUGGUGGAGCAGGAAUCAUUGCUAACUACGUUGGUCUGGGUGGAGUGAACAUCACGUCCUCGGACUUCAUUAACAACGUGGCUGCUGUUGGAGGUGGUGCGGUUUUCCUGCGCUACUUCGAUGGUGCCCAAAUCAAUGGCUGCAGCUUCGAAGGGAAUAAGGCCCAAACGUACGAUGGUGGAGCCUUGUGGAUGGAAGUGUCCAGCAUUUCCGGAAACGAGCUGCCUGCUGUGUACAUCUACGGCAGCACCUUCUCAAACAACUCUGCUGGUCGUAAUGGUGGCGCCAUUUCCGGAGAUACCAUCACAUCUAGCACGCCUUGGACGGUGGAGGAGUGCACAUUUACAGACAACGUAGCACUCCUAUCCCCCGACGUGGAGAGGGGUCCAAGAAUGCAAGAUCGGGCUGGCGGCGGUGCUAUCUAUGCAGCCAAUACGGAUUUGCACAUGACAAAGUCGGAACUCACGGGAAAUAAGGUGCUUGGCUAUGCCGGUGGGGCUGUGCGCAUGGUGGAUAGCUCCAAGCUGCAGCUAACCACAUGCACGUUUAAGAACAAUGUUGCAAUCAUGGGUGGAGCAGUCGCGGUGACCAGGACGUCGCAGCCCAGCGCAUGGAGUGACUGCACCUUCGUAAACAACACUGUAGUGGACCCCUGGGCCUGGCCGGACACAACCCCGGUUGAGGACCUGCGCGCACGGAGCCUGCCAUCUCUGUCCUUCAUCGACCCUGGUUUUGGUGGAGCGGCUUAUGCUUUCUCAGCAGCAAUCUACAUGAUGACCACUGGGAGCUUUGUAGGCAACAGCGCCAAGCUGGGAGGUGCUAUGGCUAUGAUCUCCUCUCCAGACUUCUUCAUCGACCCUGACUCCUACACAGCCUACAACAAAGCUCCUAUUUACAAUUACAGCGUCACACCAGAGGUGGCUGAGGCCGCUGGCAUGCUCGGUGCAGGAGCUGGUGCAGUUCUACCUUAUCGGGUCCUUUUCGCAAACAAUUCAGCACUUAUUGGCGGGUCCUUGUACAUCAGCGAUGUGGACUCUGUAGUGGUUCGGAUGAACCUGGACAUUUUGGUUACUAAGCCUGCUCCCCUAGACCAGACGUUGAUCAAUCAGGGUUACAUGUACCACUCAACUUUCACCGUUGCCUUUAAGACCUACAUUAGGUACCUCUAUCCGUACUCAGCUAAGGUCCAUAACCACCCUGGCGUUCUCUUUGUUAACAACCUAGCCAACGGAGGCGCUGGGGUCUACCUGAAAGGCAACGGCAAGGUUUCUCUGAGCAACUGCCGGUUUGCUGCCAACAAUGCCUCAUCACCUCCCUUGCUGGCGAACUACACCGGGCUCUAUGGUCGUGAGCGUGACUAUGCCAUUGCCAUGGCACACCCGUGCUACAAUGGAGGCGGCGGUGGACUGUGCAUUGUCGGGCAAGCCAGUGAAAUAAUCCAGAUCUCUUCCUCGGAUAUGAUCCUCAAUACUGCCAAGGAUGGUGCAGCCCUCUACAUCGCUGAGGGCCUGGAAUGCAUUGAGCAGGCCGGAUGCUACAGCGUUGCCCUCAAUGCGGUUAACAUGACGGGGAACAAGGCGACCAGCCGUGGUGGUGGUAUCUUCUGGACGCAUGCAGGCGUCCUCAGCAUUAACACGUGCCCCACAGACUACUCGCAGUCAUUCCUGACCAAUGGGACAAUGCUGGGGGCAGGAAACAGUUCCAUGGCCGGCGACGUCUAUAGUGUCAGCUAUAAGUUUCCUGGUCGGAAAGGUCCCUCCCGCUGGUACGGCCAACUGACUUCUGGUAGCCAGAAGAGCUUGGUAUCAGCCUGGGGUGGGCCCGUGCCGUCGACAAAGGCUGGUCUGUACACGGUUAAUGGGCAGCUUGUCUCUGUGGCUCAAGCAACGUUUACUCAGAGCACACCGUCAGUUGCUAACCCACUAGUUGUGGUUGAUGGGUCCGUAAUUAAUGACACGUCGUUCAAGGGUAUACCCCACACGUACCUGCCAUGCGCAAACUGGAACAACAAAGCAGGCACCGGUGAUGACAUUGCGACCACGCCGUACUUCCUUCUGGCUCCUCCUCGUGUCGGCUUUUACACCUCCAACACCGACAUCAAGCUGCAAGUAACGGUUCACGAUUGGUUUGGCCAGAACUGCACCGGCGACAGCUCAACACAGCCCCUCGUGAUUGUCUCCGUUGAUUCCACUGAGGUGUCCGGAGCGCUAGCAAUGGAAGCAGUUGAUGGCUCGGCUAACUUCACCUCGAUGAGGCUUCGCGCCAGAGAAGGUCUCCACAGCAUCUCCAUGACGGGCCGGGUGUACAGCCCCUCCCGCGUACUUUUGGCAGACGAUGUGGAAAUCUACGUGCGCCCUUGCGCUAUUAACGAGUUCCUGUCACCCAAGAACCUCGACGAGUGCAUCGUGUGUGAUGUAGGCAGCUACAACUUUAAUGUUUCGGCGGUUACAUGUGCACCUUGCCCCGACAACGCGGAUUGUGGGUACCCGAAUCCAACAGCUUGCCAGAAGGAAAGCUGCGACCCAGUUGGGUUCAUGGUUCCCCAGGACGGCUACUGGCACGUCAACUUCUUCAGUAACCAGGUGCUUGAAUGCCCGAACCCAAACUCCUGCAUGUCUGAGAACCGCUCAACGACACUGGCGAGGAUUCAGCAAGAGAUCUGGCAGCUUGCCCGGAACAUCCAGCUGAACACUUCAAAUGCGGUGGCUGAUGCGGCGGCACAAAAGCACAUAGCGGAUAUGGUGGACUCACAGCUGGGUCUGGGGCUGCGGCGGCUGCUGCAGCAGAAGGCCAUCAGCGAUGAGGAGGACUAUGCCCGGGUGCUAGAAGCCACGGUCGGCAUGCUGUCUGACUACCAGCAGCACCAGUGCGCUACAGGCUACACGGGCACGCUGUGCGGGCAGUGUGCGCCGGGCUAUGGCUGGAGGAAGAUUGCCACAUGCGUGAAGUGCCCGCCGAAGGCCCUGAACAACCUGUAUUACCUGCUGGUCACCAUCCUCACCCUCACCAUGCUGGUCAUCACCGUGUACUCAAGCUUGCGGGAGCAGAAGAAGCCGGGCAAGCUGGUGGGCGGCGUAGAUCCCAAGGACAGCAAGAAGAAGGACAAGCAGAAGAAGGACAAGCAUGCCAAGACCACCUCCAACCUGCCUCCUGCAGCACAUUCUGGCCCGGUGGCCCCGCCCACCUGCGCCUUGCGGCUAGCCUCUGGCUCCAUGCCCGCUGAAGCCAUGGCCGUGGUGUCCUUCCACAACGCCAGUGUGACUGCUCCUCAGGGCGCUAACGGCUCCCUAACCAACAACGGCAGCUACUACGAGGACCCCGCGGUUGCCGCCGCACGCGGCGCCUUUGGCAGCGCGCCUGCAACUCCCAAGGGGCUGCACGUGUCGCUUCCCCCGCGUGACCCCUCCGCGCAGUCUCCCGUUGUGUCAAUCAAUGGCGGCGCUCCUUGCUCCCCACCCAACGGCCACGUGGUCAUGGCGAACGGCGGCAGCCUCAGUGGUGCCGUGGCGGAGGGAACGGAGCUUGCGGACGAUGGUUAUGAGGCCUGGGGCCCCCUGGGUGAGGGCGCAGAGCAUGUGAACAUGGCGUUCGAGGGCGGGGUUCCCCUGGGAGAGGGCGUUGACUACAACAACGUGCUUUACGAGGAGGGCCUGGACCGCAACGCAGGCAGGACGGCGGCCGAGCAGAUUCAGCCCGCGGAAGGUUUUCCUGCUUCGGAGCGCUCCGCACGCUCCUACACGCGGCGAUCCGUGCCUCUGAUUCUGCAGCAGAUCCAGCCGCUGGAGGACACACCACCCCAGGCUCCCCGCAUGCAACCGCCCACUGCCCCGGUCCAGCCGCCGGGCAGCAACCACCACCCAAUGGGCGCUGGCGACGCAUCCCACAUUUUUGGGCCUCGUCCGCGUCAGUUCGCGAUGCCUUCCACCAUUGUGAAGAUCCUGGUCAGCUACGUGCAGGUGUUGGCGCUGCUGCAGAACGUUCCGCUGGACAUUCCCGGCGUCGUGGACAUCUACUACCGCAUUAACAACCAGGCGAUCAGCUACCCAGGCAUGCUGGUUUCACUGGACUGCUCGCUGCCCAACGAAGGCAACCUGUCCAAGGCAAUUGUGCGUGUCACUCUGACCGCACUUGCGCCGCUGUACAUCUUCGCCGGUGCCAUCAUCUUCUUCCUCGUGUACAACGUCCUGGACUACUUCUACCUUAUCGAGCUGCGGGCCAAGCAUGCCACGAAGAAGCGCAAGAAGGUGAAGGGUCCGCUGCGCGCUCCCACCUUCAAGCAGCACAUGGAGGACUACUUGGGGCGGCAGCUGAUUGUCACCUUCAUCACCAUCUUCUUCUUCUUUUACCCUUCUGUCGUACAAUCGCUCAUGACAAUCUUCAACUGCACGGACGUCAACUCCGCCAGCGAGCCCGACACCCAGCUUGCGGCCGGACUAGGCACGAUGACGGACAGCGUGUGGUCCCAGGACUUUGGCCUGGUGUGCUACAAGGGCACCCAUCUGGGCCUUGCAAUGGGUCUGGGGGUGCCCGGCGUCCUGCUCAUCGCCAUUGGCUGGCCCAUCGUGAGCGGUCUGUUGGUGACGCAGCGACUACCGUGCAUCACCAACAUCCUGCUGACCGAGGAGAUGACGGAUUUCUUCCUGGCAGACUUCAAGCCCGAGUACGUGUGGUGGGAGAGCCUGGUGAUGCUGCGCAAGCUCGCCAUCGCGGUGAUUGUGACGCUGGUGGAGGCAAAUACCUCGGCGGGCGUGCAGCUGCUGCUGGUCUUCAUCAUCCUGGUCAUUGCCAUGGCCGCCCACCUUUACGCCCAGCCGUACCGGCACUCGUACACCAACUUCCUGGAGUCCAUGUCGCUCGUCGUUCUGCUGUUCACCCUCUACUUCUCACUCUUCUUCAGCUUCAGCAAUGAUAUCUCCAGCGGCGGCCGUAUCGCCAUCUCCAUCAUCAUCCUCGUCCUCAACAUUGUCAUGGUCCUCACGCUGGUCCGCUACGUGCUGCGGGCUUACUGGUCGGUUGCCCUGGAUAACACCGGCCUGGCCAAGUUGGACGCCGCGACGCGGCGUAGACUGACACCGGCAGAGAUCCAGCAAAGGAUUUUGGAAAACAUGGCCGCUUCCCAAGGCUCCGUGACUGCCCGGCAGAUGGACGCCAGGCCGAGCUACGGAGCCCGCAUGGCCGGCCUGUACGCGGCCGCCUUCUGGGCCUCCAUGCGCGUCAACUCCACCACCAGCCGCGUGAUGACCAGGGUACGCACGCUGCUGGAUGCGCCGCCGCCCAUGGAUCCCGACAACCCCGACGCCGAGACCGGCCCCAACCUGGAGCGCAACUCAGCACCCGGCCGCCUUGCCAGCGUCACUGCCGCCGGCAGGCCGCCGCACAUGAGCAUGAGCGCCUUGCCCAGCCGCAACUCCUCCUUUGUCAGCCACUCCAACACCACCACCACUCACGGUGCGGAGAUCAGUGCGGCCGCUGCCGCCGCCGCUGCCGCAAACGGCGGCGGGUUCGUCCCGGCCCGCCCCGCUGCACCGGCUCAGUCGGCUUCCGCUCGAGAGCCGCUCGGUGUUGGCCGUACUCCCUCCCAGAGCUCCAAUCCUCGGCUGCCGCCCUACCCUGUAGCGCUCGACCCAGAGGCUAAGGCAGCAGGAAAGCCGGCUGUGAUGCUCACCUCGUCUGCGAGCGCUGGUCCGAGGCUCGGCACCCAGGCCCCGCCGCGUGUGCAGUCCCGUUUGUCGGCGGUUGCCACCGCACGGCCCAACGGGAGCAUUGAGCUGACGCCGCCGCCGCAUGCGGAAAGUGAGUGAGCGGUGCGGGAGAGAGGAUUGGACGGGGUGUUGCGAGGAGGGCCUGGGCGACAAGGAGAGAAAGGAUGAGCGUCGGAUGCCCGGUGCCGAACUGUAAAAUGCUGAUGCAGAAUUAUGGCCUGGGCCUGGGAGGUAGGGAUGUUAAUGGUGUAUGUUUGCAUGGCUUCGGUUAGUGCUGCGGGCUGAGGGCUGUCAAGCCGGGGUUGUGAGCGCGUGGUUUUGUGUUGUGUGAAGAAAACUGGCCGCGAGUUGUGGCCGUGUUGUGUGAGCGUUGUGAGGUGAGAGGCGCGCAGGCGUGCGGCAUGGCCACUGUGUUUGGCUUGUUUGCGGGUGGAUGGCCCCGAACUGCCCUGCAGCUGCGAAGGGCUGAGUUGGGCUGGGCUGGAAGCUUCUGCGUUAUUGUGAGAGGAGUGGCCCUGUUCAGGUGUUGUACGCGCAUGGCAGUGGCGCGGACGCUGGCCUGGAGUGAGUUCUCUGUAAACUGUUAGGAGAUGCUGGAAAGGUUGGAAAGGUUGGAAACGGUGCAUGGUCGCUGCUUCGGGUUCGGAAGGUGUGCGGAUGCAGCUUGUGAGCCUUGGAUGGGGAUGCAGCGUUGUGGAAGGAGGGCGGGUCAUGCUUGGUCUGGCUGUUGGGAUGUAGCACCUUUUGCGUGCAGUGUCGUACAUAUCGAGGAACUUUGUCCCCAACGUAUUCCAAACACAUGUACCACAUCGGUGAUCAGCGUUUUUACCGGUGGUGGUUAAACAACGCAUCAAGCAUUCUAUACGCAUAAAUUUGCUAAUACUUGCCGGAAGGGCGGAAGGAUCAUGCAUGGUUUAGGUCGGGGGCGUGUCGCCUGUUGGGUUGGUGGCAUGGUGGUGCGCGCUGUCCAUUCUUCUUUUGCUGCUGUUUCCUAAUGCGGCCAAUCGAAACGCGUGGCGAUUUGGUAUCGUGUUAAUGCGCACGUGCAAUACUUGGCGUCUACAUGCGCACCAGUCUUGCCUUGCUCAGCGCACUGGCCUUGGGGACGCCUUUAGCUGUUGCCUUAGCGAGAGUUUUUCUUAUCUUACAUUUGCCGUCAACGGCUUAGUCAGGGGCUUGACGUUAAGUCCCGGAGUUCCUGCCAUUUGACAGAUGGGGCAAGCAGGUCUGCAUGGCAUGGGAGAGCUGAAGUCGCCCUUCGUGGGAAGCACGUGUGACGUCUGAAGAAGUGUUUAACGUCAUUUGCUGUUUAGGGUUUAAUGUGCGGUGCGCAUGAAAGCAAAUCCAUUACUUAGUCAUCGCGAGUAUGUACGAGUAUUUAUGUUACGGUAGUUUAGGGCCAACGCCAGUUGAGGCGUUUCUGCUGGAGAAGUGUGCGCUUACACGCGUAAACACACACACACACACACUGCCUCAGUUGUCUCACCACGACUGAGUUGUAAAUACCCAUACUGACUUUCUUCGGUAUGCGCUACUUAUAUUAAAUCUGGCCACCCAUUAGCACUCGGUUAAGGAGCCUGGCCAGUCUGUCCGGGUGGUUUGUCCGGGCCUUGUAAAUGACCGCAAAGA